AUGCAACCCAUGCAGAAAAAUGAGAAUGACGAAGAAAUGGUCGGUGUCAGUGACUUGGAUCGGUGGCCAAUUGGUUUGGCAGCCGUUAGAUUUCUUGCUGUCGUGGGAGCGGCAGAAUCGACACAAUCCCUGGAAGAGGUCGUCCUUGCCCGCCGGGUAAUGGCUGCAGGCCAGGUGGAGGAGCGCCCGGUCGGCAAGGCCACAAUUGUACGAAUAUAUGGGUGUCCACCAUGA